GUAUUUAAAACGUUAUUUUAAAAAUAAAUAUCGGAAUACAUAUUCACUUCGACGUUUCGCACCCCUCUCUGUACUGUAAACAAACUUUUACCGCCAUUUUUUCUGGAGGUUGGACCUUACCACUUUUGCGCUGUUAGAUUAUUCAGUUCGUACGGUUGUUGUUACAAUUUAACGUGUGAACUCAGUGCUUGACAUGACUACUAAGAAGAAACGCUCACCACACACCAGUAACGACAGCUGGGUUGUCAUUGCUCCAGAUUCAGUGUUGCACAGCGACAAUAAGGAAGACAGUGAUCCAUCCUUCAUCAAACUUAGAAAUCCUGCUACAGAAAGUUCAUCAUUGUACCUGUUUGGCCAUGGUGAUAGCAGUGUUUAUGAGGUUAAGGCCUUUACUGAGGAAUUUCGCUCUUGGUUUAUCGGACAGACAGUGCAAAGAGAUGGUAGACUGCUGUAUGUGACUCCCAUUGAUCCUUUAUUUCUGCUGUUGCCAUACAUUAAGAGUACUGCCACUGAGGGAAAGUUCCAGCCAUUGAAACAGAUGGUGAUGGAUGAAGAUUACCCUGGAUGCACCCGGCUUCUGCAAUGCAAACAGGGAUUGGACUCCAUUCAUCAUGUGACAGAUGAAAAAGAGGUUGGCAGUAUGAAGUUUCACAGAUAUAACCAGGAGAAGACAUUAGAUUGGCUUAAGAAAAAGGUUCAGAAGACGGUAAACGUGCUCAAAAAGAGCAAUAUAUCUGUAGGUGGGGGAGUAAAAUCCAGCACAUUUGUGAGAGUCAAACAAGAAGCAGAUGCUACAGAAGAGGACUACUUGCGUUAUGCACAUGGUCUCAUAUCAGAAUACAUCAGUGAAGACCUGAGUAAAGAUCUCCUUAGGCAUCUACAAUUACCAGAAAUAUCCAGCCCCAAAGAGACAGAGCCUCCUUCUAAGAAACGAAAACUGUCAGAUAAACCAGUAGAGGCUGGAGAAGACUACACCAAGUUCAACAGUGCUGACUUUGCCCGAAAACCUCCAAAGAAGAUGACUGCAGCUCAGAAGAGUCUUGCCAAGGUUGACAAAACUGGCAUGAAGACCAUGGCAGCGUUCUUCAAAGUCAAACAAGAGAAAAAUUGAGUGAGUGUGCAGAUGAGUGCAUGUGCUUUUUUUGCUAAUAAAGUUAUAAAAAAAGUUAAA